GUUUGCAAACCGCCAUAAAAAAAAACAAAGACGAAGAAGAGGAAGCGGAAGCGGAAGAAGCGUCAGCAAUAUCAGAGCGAGAUAAACAGCGCUGACCAAAAUAUAUAUAGAGAGAUAAAAACGAUAAAAAGAAAGAAAUUAUCGUGUGAAUUUGAGCUGUAGUCAUGGUUUGUAUCCCCUGCAUCGUCAUCCCCAUCCUCCUGUGGGUUUACAAACGCUUCCUGGAGCCCAUCGUCUAUCCGCUCAUCUCUCCAUUCAUCAGCCGGUUCUGGACCAAAAAGGCGGUGCAGGAGACGGGAACAAACGACACAAAGGCCAACCAAACAAACCAACCAAGCAAGACCGAAUGCAACGGAAAUGCAAACGUGUGUACCGCUAACGGCACGACAGCGGUGUCGGACAAAAAGAAGGACUGACGCUAUACACACCUGCGUGAACGUGUGUCAUGUUUUAUGCAACAUGCUGUAGAUACUUUGACCCUAAAUCAUGCUGUCAACAUCUGACAUUGUUACACAAGCUUAAUUCAGUCUCAUUUAGACUUUCCUUUCAUAGAAUAAUUGUAAUAUAAUAAUUUAAUUUAAUAUAUUGACUUAUUACAUUGCUUACUCUUCAUUCCCAGAAGACUUCAGACCAGAUUCAGAUGACUAUUUAAUAUGUUUCCAGAAUGGUUUUGGAGUUAGUCUGUAAAGAGAAAUAAAUAUUUACAUUUCACA